CUGGGGUAACUCCUCUACCAGAAGGGACUUGGGAUGUUCUGUGCAAGGCGAGCCGUUCGAAUAUUUGGUCGCAGAGGGCGUUCUGUAGCUCUGCGGUCAAGUAUUUGUGAGUUACACUCUCAGGCUCAGCGAAGAACAGUUUUGGUUUGGGCCACGAGAGAUGUAUCACGCUUCCGACACGUGCUCUCCUCUAGUCUGCCCAAAUGUGGUUUUCGCUGGUUCAGCUCAGAGGGUCUACCCCCUCACACAAAAGUAAAACUACCAGCCUUGUCACCUACAAUGGAGAUGGGAACCAUUGUGAGCUGGGACAAGCAAGAAGGUGAUGAACUUAGUGAAGGAGAUCUGCUAGCUCAGAUAGAAACAGACAAGGCUACAAUGGAAUUUGAAACCCCAGAGGAAGGCUUCCUUGCCAAGAUUUUAAUUCCUGCUGGUGCCAAAGAUGUUCCUAUUGGAAAACUUCUCUGUAUAAUUGUUGAAAAGAAAGAAGAUGUUGCAGCAUUGGAGUCUUUUGUACCUGAUGAAACAGCAGCACCACCUGUGGAAAAGCCUGCAGAACCAGCAGCUGCUGCUCCUCCCCCACCUCCAACUGCAGCCCCAUCUCCCCUACCCCCACCCCCUCCUCAGCCUGUAACCCCUGCCUCACCCCCUCCCCCUCCAGCUGCACCUGGUGGUAGGGUAUUUGCCAGUCCUCUGGCAAGAAAGAUGGCGCAGGAGAAGGGCAUAGAAUUAAGUUCUCUUCAGGGAAGUGGCCCUGGUGGACGUGUGAUAGCACAAGAUGUGACUAGUGCAACACCUGUAGUUGAAGCUGCUCCGCCUACACCGGUUCAUGUACCAGGUGCAGAUUUUACCGAUAUUCCUCUAUCAAAUGUUAGAAAAGUUAUUGCUAGACGACUUCUUGAAUCAAAGCAGACAAUUCCACAUUAUUACCUGUCAGUGGACAUCAGAUUGGACGAUUUGCUCAACGUGAGAAAGCAACUCAAUGCAGAUGGUAAUGAAGAAUACAAACUCUCAGUGAAUGACUUUGUACUAAAGGCUUGUGCGUUAGCCUCUAAAAAGGUUCCAGAAGCAAACUCUUCAUGGAUGACGGAUUUCAUCAGACAACACCAUAAUGUUGAUGUUAGUGUUGCUGUGAGUACAGAAUUUGGAUUGAUCACCCCAAUAGUUUUCAAUGCAGAUAAAAAGGGAUUACAAGAGAUAAACGCCGAUGUAACCACUUUAGCUCUCAAAGCUCGGGAUAACAAACUUCAACCUCAAGAGUUCCAGGGAGGCACAAUUACAGUGUCAAAUCUUGGGAUGUAUGGCGUUAAGAACUUUUCCGCCAUCAUCAAUCCCCCUCAAGCCUGUAUUUUAGCCGUUGGAAAGGCAGAAAAACAAGUUGUUGUGGACGAAAAUAGCGAAAAGGGUUACACAACUGGAACAGUGAUGUCUGUCACUUUGAGCUGUGAUCACCGAGUUGUUGAUGGCGCUGUUGGAGCGCAAUGGCUGUCUGCUUUCAAAAGCUAUUUAGAGAAACCUCUUACAAUGUUGUUAUGAAGGGAAAGCCAAUUUAAAUCAUGGAACAGUACUCACGGGGUAACCGAGUCUGGCGAAUUUAUCUCUUAAACACAGUAAAAUACAUUAUUCCAAGAGAUACUGAAUUACAAUUUUAUGACUGAUUGACAUUAAAGGAGUUGAGACGGUUUUGAAGCAGUUUCCGACGAAUAUAAUAAGUUGGUUGCUUGUUCUUGAAAAGGUGGAAUUUGGGAGUGGUCAGUGUGUACAUUUUGAAAAACUUAGCCAAUAUUUUUAAAUUUCGUUCCUUGACACGGUCUACCUCGCAGCCGUUUUUUCGGGUUUGCCUCACAAAAAGCUUACUUCUAUAGAACGACUACAAAGGCAGCUGAGAGAGAAAGAAUCUGCGUGGCGAAACAACGGCUGCGAAUGAGGCCUGCGAAGGACACUAUUCCCAACAAUUAUUUUUCUACCUGAGUUCUUCCAACUUUGAGUGGUCUUCUUCGCUUGUAGAUAAUUGUAUUUAUUUGGAUGGGUAUUGUCAAUGCGGUAAUUUUAAACGUUGAAAAUUAGAAAAUGUUUUGACCUCGUCUGUCAUGUAAUUUGCGUAUUAACAGUGACAAGCUGAACUCUUAAUCUUACGAUCUCAAUUUGAUUUUUAUUACAGUCGAAUGAAGUGGAAAAUCGGGUUAUACUAGACAAGUUUGUUUGGUUGGUUUCUUUUUAAUAUAGCACGAUCUAUAUUUCAAAGAAAGAAGAAAAAGUUAUAAUUAUCCUCUUAAUUUUAUCAAUAAACUCUUCAUUUCGCACUUCUCA